CUUUGGACUCGGUACCGUCAACCCAUACCUACCUUAGGUAAAGUACCUUACGAAGUGAUCAAUACCUUAAUAGUUCAUAUUCGUACUCCGUACAAGGCAAGUACGAAAUACGUGUAGGGGGCUACUCCGGAUAUUGGCCUGGUACAGUACCAGCAUCUGGACACGCAGGCACGCGCACCAUCAACCAUUAACCGUUAACCAUCAACGAUCCUCUCACCGUGGAAUUAUCUCCGGGAUUCCUUCACCAAGGAGGGCUCGUCUUUUGUGCCGGUAGCAACGACUCGAGUAGACUGCGCUAUCACCGAAAAUUACGAAUUGCGACAGCGCCCGGAUGCGCCUUCUUCCCGCCCUUCCCUAUCCUCGUCUUCCCACCAGCUGCCCUCCACCAUGAAUUUCUUCUCCGCUGUAGCAUCGGCCAUCUCCCAAGGGCCACCGUUGCCCUACACUAUCGGCGACAGGGUUGAUGUUGAGCAGUCUAUAUGGACGCUUCAUAACGGCACCAAGAAGGAGGACGGAUCCAACUGCAGCAUUUUCUCUUUCGAUAUCGCUGCCAACAAGUCUCGACUGCCACUGGCCAAGAAUGCCCUGCGAAAGCUAAGAACCUUGCGACACCCCGGCGUCAUCAAGGUGUUGGAUACCGUGGAGACCGACACCCAUCUCUACAUAGCGACCGAAAGGCUGGUGCCGCUGCGAUGGCAUGUGAGGAGGAAAAGUCUGAAUCCGGAGACAAUAAAAUGGGGUCUACACAGUAUUGCGAGGACUCUCAAGUUCAUCAAUGACGAGGCCGCCUCCAUACACGGUAGCGUUCGAGUCGGCUCUGUGUACACAUCGGAAAGCGGCGAGUGGAAGCUAGGGGGGUUUGAGCUAUUGAGCAAUAUCAAAGACGAUGAAGCUGUCAUUUACACACAUGGCAGUCUCGUCCCCGAGGCGGCCCGCUAUGCGCCCCCGGAACUUGCUCGCGAUGGUUGGGGUGCGAUCAAGAAGAGCCCUCAUUCGGCUGUGGAUUCGUUUGGAUUAGGGUGCCUCAUUUUCGAAGCCUUCAACGGCGACUUCACGAGCUCGGAUCGAGCAGGCCAGACCAAAAAUAUCCCCCCGUCCAUGCAUGCGAGCUAUAAACGGCUCGUGAAUGCGAACCCCAAGGCCCGCCUCAGCAUUGCGCAUUUCUUAGACCAGGGCUCGCGCGCCGGUGGCUUCUUUGACAGCCCUCUGAUCAAGCUGACAGACGGACUCGAUAAUCUUGGCGUCAAGUCGGAGACAGAACGGGAAAUGUUCUUGGAGAACCUUGACCAGAUGAUGUCGGAGGAUUUCCCGGAGGACUUCUUCAAGAUGAAGGUGCUUCCCGAGCUGCUCAAGUCGGUUGAAUAUGGCGGAGGCGGCCCGAAGGCGCUGGGUAUUGUCAUGAAGAUCACGGGGCAACUCUCGAAAGAUGACUUCGAAGCCAAGGUGAUGCCGGCCAUCAUCCGACUUUUCUCGAACCCAGAUCGCGCCAUUCGCGUGUGCCUCCUCGACAACCUGCAACACCUGAUAGACCGGUUGCCGCAGAAGGCCGUCAACGACAAAAUUUUCCCCCAGAUUGUCACCGGAUUUUCAGAUGCCGCACCAAUAGUCCGCGAGCAGACGGUCAAAUCCGUCCUUGUUUUCGUCACAAAAUUGUCGGAUCGCACCAUCAACGGCGAGCUCUUGAGGCAUCUGGCCAAGACGGCCAACGACGACCAACCCGGUCUCCGGACCAACACCACCAUCUGCCUUGGAAAGAUUGCCAAGAAUCUUGGGUCGUCUACGAGGGCGAAGGUGCUGAUCGCUGCCUUCACGCGGUCUCUGCGGGAUCCGUUUAAUCAUGCGCGGAACGCUGCCCUCAUGGCCUUGGCGGCCACGAACGAGCACUUCACGACAGAGGACAUUGCCACCCGUAUUAUGCCGGCCGUGUGCCCGCUGCUCGUCGAUAAGGAGAAACUUGUUCGGGAUCAAGCUGCUACCACGAUGGAGGUCUACAUGCAAAGAAUUCGAAAGGCAGCCGCCAGUAUGCCUGAUACAGCUCUUCCGCCGAACAACACGGACGUGGCAGGCGCACCGCGGAUGAGCACACCUCAGCCCAGCGAAGGCUCUUCCUGGGCUGGAUGGGCAAUAUCCUCGUUCACCAAUAAACUCUCUUCGGCAGCAGGAGAAAUGCAGACCAAUGGUACUGCUUCCGGGGGUUCCACUCCUCGCCAAGCAACAUCUCCCGUUCCCGACGCGAGGAAACCGACAUCAUCGGCGUCUUCACUGCAUAGGCAAGCCCUCAAGUCGCCUCCACCGGCCAGCUCGCACACCGCGCCAACCCAGGCUUCUUCCGCAGAUGCCUUCUUCGAAGACACCGGCGCCAACGAUGCGGACGCAUGGGGCGAAAUGGACGAUGAAGACAACUACUUUGACGCGUCGACCCAGCCCGCCACGGCGAGACCGACCUCCUCUUCGUCUUCCAAAGCCACCCCGGCCACUGCGACACCACUUGAUGAUGGGGCUGAGCCCGACUUUGCGGGCUGGCUGGCGGCGCAGGCCCAGAAGAAGAGCGGGACGAAAAAGCCUUUGCCCAGGGGGUUGACCAAGUCCUCCGCCUCCACAAGUACAACAACGAAAAAGUCGGCGGUCGCUAAGCCAGUCUCCAAACCUGUCGUCCCCAAGAAGAUCGACAUGAAGCCGAAGGAUACGGGCGAAGACGAUGGUGGCUGGGGGGAUGGAUGGUGAGAGAGCAGCAGAGCAGUCGUGCAUGACGGAGAAAUAACCGUCCAGGCUGUAGGGUUGUAUGGAUGGCAGGGGAGAGAUUCAUGUAAGCUGGGCAAACCCAUGGUGGGGGUUUGCAGGACAGGCAGCCUUCUUCGAAAACUAGGAUACCAUCAUGUUGCGUUGGAAGUCGUUGAUCAGGAUAGAAAGCGGAACGUCGAUAUCGUCAAUAAUGACACCCCUUACCAGGGCUUGAUGAAAAACUGAGCUCCUUGCUAUGGAUUUCC